AUGAACAAGUCAAGUGGACGACUCUUGGCCGAUGGUCGGUUACCGGCAUUAAUUGACUCUGGGCAAGUACAGGUCUACAUUGCCAAAUAUAAUUAUGACCCCUUUCAGUUCUCACCCAAUGAAAAUCCAGAGGCGGAGCUGCCGUUAAAUUCUGGUGACUAUGUCUUUAUCAAUGGAGAAAUGGAUGAAGAUGGAUUUUUUGAGGGAGAACUGAUUGAUGGGAAAAAAGGCCUUGUCCCGUCUAAUUUUGUCGAAAAGGUGCCAGACGUGGAUCUGAUUGACUUUUCAUCCAUCUUUGUGGCUUCAGGACAUCACUCGGACGAUAAUGUCCUCAGUAAUCUUGCAGUCCAGCAAGAUUUGGACUUCAAUAGCAGUGAUGAAUCUGAACAAAUGUCGGCCAUUUUGAGACUUCCAGAUGAUAAACCCCUGGUGCUACCAAACCCCGACUCUGUGGGUGAUCUUGGAGACAUCGAAGAAGUUGAAGAGGAUUCCAGUUCCCUGCACCUGAGUUUGACUGAUUAUUCUGAUUACCUUUCUGGUGACAAACAAACAGAGUCUUUCUUUCCACGAAAACUCAACUUAGACCGCCAACUAACAAACAGUUUACUCAUCUCUUGGCUGGCCCCAGAGAUCCCACGAAAUACAGAUAUCGUUUCCUACCAGAUUUUUGUUGAUGGCGAGUUUAAGACGAUGAUCAAGGGUAAUGAGAGAACGAAAGCUUUGUUGGAAAAUGUUGACUCGAAAAAGAUUCAUCGAGUCACUGUGGUGUGUGUUACAACUCGCUCUAGAUCAGCCCACCAACAAUGUACACUGCUUGUUGGAAAAGAUGCUGUCCCAACACCCACAGAUCUCAAGGUUAGUCACAUCACUGCAAAUGGAGCUUUGCUCUCCUGGUGGCCCGGAAGUACAAACUACCAACAUGUCAUCUCAGUCAAUGACCAAGAAAUGCGUGUUGUCAAUCCAGGUGUCUAUGAAUAUUUAUUAACAGGGCUGGCCCCUGCUACAUCACACCGAGUCACUAUACGAGCAAAAAGCCUCCUUGCAAAUUUUGAAGAAGAAAGGAAUAAAGAUAGGAAAGAAUUACUCACAUCAAGGAUAGAAUUCAAAACCUUAGCAGGAGGUUUACCUGAUCCGCCAUUGGACGUUCAGGUAGAAGUUGGACCCCAAGAGGGCACCAUCCUUCUUACGUGGUUACCUGUCACUAUUAACAGAUCAGGUAUAUCUCCGUCAGGUGUUAUCAAGGGUUAUUCUGUUUAUGCAGAUGACAAACUCAUUAAAAAUGUCAUCGGUCCAAUAAAUGACCAUGUUCUCCUGAACAGUGCCAACUUCUCUGGUUUUAUACCACAGCGUUUAACUGUACGAACAUUGGGUGACCACAAUGAAGAGUCUGUCGACUCUCAAGGUGUCAUCCUUCCGCCUAGUUUACUUAAAGAGAUGGCAGCAACCACUGCCAAAAAUAUUGCUUAUGAAGCUGUGGCGGCGAGAAAGCAUGAUACUUACGAAGAUAAACAAGAAGACUGCACCAAUGACACAGAUGAGGAAAUUGAAGCUGCUUUUCGUGCAUGUGUCGAUAUGGAAGCUGCAGUUAUGACAAAGAAGGACGCACAUAAUCACACUCACUAUGGACAAGGGCUUGACUAUAAUAGUAGCUCUGAACUUUCGGACAUAGCCGAAGUUGAUGAGGAGCCUGAAGGGGAAAUUGAAGCACCCCAGCCAACCGGUGUUAUUAUUCUUUAUCUUCAUAAUUAUCACGACUCUCCCACUCUCUUUUUUUAUGAUUCUUUGUCUUUCUUCUCUGACAUUCUGUUCCUCCCCCUUUCACUCUCUUUGUUCACUUCUUCAUUUUCUUUUUUCUCCUCCUCUCUCUCUCUCUCUCUCUCAGUUUUCUCUUGGUCGUUUGUUUAUAUUUUCUCUCUGACCUUUCCUUCUAACUCUUCACUAUCUCAUCCUCUUCUACUUUCUCUCUCUUACUCUCUUGCUGUUUGCUCCUCUCUCUUUCUGUCACUGCCUUUCUUUUUUUCUCAUUUUUGGUCUUUUUCUUUUCCCUUUCUCUUCAUCUUAUUUCCUUCUUCCUCUCUUUCCUUCAUUGUUUUCCUCUUUCUUAUAAUUCCUUUCUUCUUUAUUGUUUCCACUCUCCCUCUCUCUCUUUUUCUGUUUUCCCUGUUCUUCGCCCAAUCACACCACUCUCUGUCUUUUGUUCGUUACUUUCGCCACUUUCUCUCUCUCUCUCCCUCUCCCUCUGUCUAUUGCCACUGCUCUCUACUUCUCUCUUGUCACUGUUCUCUGCAAUUCUGUUAUCACCAGUGUCUCUCACUCUUCCACUGCUCCCCCACUACUUUCACUCACUGCUCUCUCUUUCCCUCUCUAUUUUCACUUCUCCCUCUCCCUUUUUACUUUCACUUCUCCGUCUCCCUUUUUACUUUCACUCCUCUCUCCCUUUUUACUUUCGCUUCCCUCUCUCCCUUUUUACUUUCACUUCCCUCUCUCCCUUUUUACUUUCACUUCCCUCUCUCCCUUUUUACUUUCACUGCUCUCCCUCCCUCUCUCUCACCACUCCCUCCUUUUCUCUUUCUAUUGUCACUGCUCUCUACCUUCUCUUUCCACUACCAUCACUCUCUUUACUUUAUAGUCCCUCUACUUUACCAUUACACUCUCUCUCCAGUAUUUUGUCAUCAGUCUUCCAUACUUCCAUCUUCAUCCUCGUUUCUCUCUUCUUUAUCUUCUACCCCUAAUUUUUCUUACAGUUCCUCCCUGCAUUCUGUCUUGUUCUUCUCUCUUUCUUUCUUAGAUUUUCACCUUGAUACCCCCCUCUCUAUACUAUAUCUAUUCUUUCUCUCUCGCUCCUCUUUGCCCCUUCUUUCUUUCCUCUCUCCCCCCUCUCUUUUGGGUUUUUUCAAAUAA